UCCAGAAUGUCAAACGUCGUCUUCGAACGACGAAUCAAAUUACAUUUUCUCUCUAUUUGAAUUCUAUUCUUUAGUAAAUCGUGCAAUUUUUCCAUACCAAAAAAAAAUGUUCUACUCCCAGUCUAUGAAUGUUGGUGCAUAAAUUCUACAAAAAUUCUCUCUUUAGCCAAAACGGACGGCGAUAAAUCCGCGUGAUUUAUAUGAAAUCUCGGUGAAACACCAAAAAAAGUCAGUGAUACGCAAAAAGUGUUUGAACGAAGUGGGAAUAACUUAAAAAAAAGUAGACAAAAAUUGCAUGCAAUGAGUGCGGUACAAAGUAAAUUAACGCCGAUAUCGGCGACAUGUAUAGAAUACGUGCAUCCAUGGACAGAACAUUGUUCAAUUGCCACAGCCGGCCUAUUAUUACAAGCGGCGCAGGAAAGUUUUCGGUUAUAUUCUUCAGUAUAUACGUUGAGUCUCUUAAUGCGAUGUCGCAUACCGACAGCGACUGAUUUAAAACGAAUGCUUUUGGGAAUUCUACAGUCAACCGCAUUUUUAACCACAAGUGCUUUUACCUAUUCAUUUUUCUUGUGUUUAUUACGCCAUUACAUGGGGUCGUUUAAUUUUUAUACGGUAUCUUAUGUGCCGUCAUUUAUGUCAAGCAUGUGUGCAUUAUUGCUUGAGCGUCCAUCGCGACGUGGCCUCCUCUGUUUGUAUGUUUCAAACGUGGCAACCGAGACCUUAUUCAAUAUGGCAUGCAGUCGCGGCUAUGUUCGUCCUUUACCGCAUGGUCAAGUUUUGAUAUUUGGUGCUGGCAUAUCGUUGUUAUUGUAUUACUUUCGAUGUGGAAUGCACCAAGGCACCGUACCAUCGAUUCAAACAACACCAUCCGCUCAAUCAAAUAAAGAUUCAAUUUAUGAUAUUUUGCGAUUUGUUGUUGGACGCUACGAAGAACAUGUACCAGCAUUACAAUUGCAACCACAAUUUUUAUCACGACGGCGUGAACGACAAUCAUCGGCACCAUUGCUGUCCGUUCAACGAAAUCAACAACCACAACAACCAUCCUCUUCCCGAUUAGGACAAUCAAAAAAUCCACUGCUUCCGAUCAUUUUGCAAGCAGUUCGAUAUUACACUCAGAUGAUGGACUAUUUUAAAUACGGAUUUCCACGACAUAAAACUUGUCCACAUCCGAGAAAUAGUUGCUUACACUAUGUCGUAUCCGGUGGUACGAAACUGUUUACCAUUGGCCUUGGGCUACAGAUCACAUUGAUCUUGAUCAGAUUGAAAAUGACUUCAAAGCAACCAUGGCUAACACAACUCAAAUCAAUUUUCCGCAGUUCAAAUACACUCAAACUUGGCACAUUCUUAGGCGGUUUUGCUACAAUAUUUCGGUUGAGCUCAUGUUCAUUGCGACACAUAACCGGAAAGGAUGAUCCAAAGCAUGCAAUACCAGCAGCAUUUUUAUCAAGUAUAGCAUUCGUUAGUUAUCCAGACACAACUGUUGCCUUGUACGUCUUUUGGAAAGCAAUUCAGUGCUUCGAGGAGACAAUGAUACAUUUUGGUGAAAUCUUAACAAUUCUGACCGUUUUCAUCUUAGUUACAGCUGAAACAGGUCCGUCCCAUGAUAAAGUAAUUGCAUGCUAUGCUACGAAUGAGACCAAUUCGAAUGGAACAGGGUUUCCAAUUGAAGAAGUCGAUUUUAAUCUUUGUACACAUCUCAUUUAUGCCAACAAUCUAGAUGUUACAUCAUAUACAACAGGUCCGUGGCGAGAUUCACCUGAAUCAACAAACUACGAGCAAUACACAAAUCUACGUGACAAAUACUCGCAUUUAAAGGUUUCAUUGAGCGUAAAACACUUUUUAGCCGAUUACUUGCGAAUCGCAUCGGAUCCGGGCUCAUAUUGGGAUUUCGCCAAAGAUGCAUCUGAUCACCUAUUGCGACACAAAUUCGAUGGGCUGGAUUUAUUAUGGGAAUUUUCCGACAUAAGCGAUACGUAUUUACAGCCAAAUCAAUCCUUUGGUGACUAUGCCAAUCCAAAUCUUCGUUUUGACAAAGAAAAAUUGCACAGUUUUGUGAAACGUUUAAAAAAAUCAUUUAAAUUACACGGUCUAAUGUUGACAGCAACUUUUGUUUCGGCGAAUGAUAAUAUCAUCGAUGUACUUGACAUUCCAACGUUGUGUCAUUACUUUGAUUAUGUGCAUUUUGUGCAAAAGUAUAAUUUCAAUUGGAAACCACAAGGCGAUAUUAUAAACUAUGCGAUCAAAGAGCGUGGACUAAAUAGUACUGAACAAAUGAUUGAGCAUUUACUUGAGCGUGAUGUGCCGGCCGAUAAGCUUAUGAUGGGUGUACAGUUUUCCGGGAUGUUAUUCCGGUCGAUAAAUGGUUUUGGCCGUUUUAAUGCAGCCACAUUUCGGCGAUUACUCGGAUACAAUGAAGUUUGUGAGGCACUUUCAAAAUUUAGUGGAUGGCAAAAACGUUAUGAUACCAAAUCUGGAUUAACGAUUGCAAAUCGAAUGGAAUCAUCGUCAGGUGCACAUUUGCCACAACUUUCAACAAUUUUAUUUGAAAGUGGUCGUUCAAUUGUUCGCAAAAUGCAAUUUGUAGUUAAGAAAAAUCUGGCCGGUGCCAUUGUCUUCCCGAUCGAUAUGGACGAUUCCGUUGGUUUGUGUCCGAUGGAAAAAGAUACAUACCAUGAUUUUAAACCCCCGAAAAGUGUUGAUUUGAAUGUGAACGGCAAGGAUAAUAGAAAAUUCCCACUUCUUAAAACACUCAACGAAGCAAUUGUCACACAACUUGAGGAGAAUGAUGAACCAAUUGGAGAAAAUGUGGAAAAAAACAGCGCGACAAUUGGUGAAAACAUUCAUGUUAGUUCGAGAUUCGGUCAAGUGCCUUCAUUCGUUCCGAUUAGACGAAAGGUUAAAAUUCCAAAUAAUAGAGUACACAUUUUAAAAAUUCGACGCCCCAUUCAAACUGUCCAAAUUCCCGUUUAUGAUUACGAUUAUGAUUUGAGUUUGGAUUUAUUCGACUCACUUUUAGCUAUUUAGUUCAUUUUAAUUCGUUGUUAAAUUUUAUUAUUUAUUUUUUUAAAUGUUAUUUGGAAGAAGUGUUUAGUAAUAAUUUAAAAAAAAUCUCUUAAUUUAGUCGAUAUUUUGAAGAUAUAAAGUUUCGAAAACAAUCGGUCGGUGGAAAUUAUAAAAAUAUAUUAAUUCUUUUUUGUUCACUCUUUUGAAUUAUAAGACAAGUCAGGACAUUUUUGAAAUUUCUUUGACAUCGAUGCAGUAAGUAACUCAUUCAAUUUGAAAUGGUGUUAAACCUUAAUAUAUUCGAAUACAAUUGAGAAAAAAUGCCGUAAAAUCUCCAUAGGUCGAAAUAAAAAAAAAAAAGAACUGCUCUAUGGCAGGAUCGAACUGCCAACCUCCGCAUUGCUUUCGCAUACUGUCUUAUAAGUACGGCGCGCUAACCAAUUGCGCCAAUAGAGCUAUGUACAUCGAUUCACAUCUGGAUUUCCAGUUAUUCCAGUUGUUGUAAUGCCGUACCUACACUGUAGAUUCUACAUUACGUUUUAUCAAUUUGAACAAGCACAAUAAAAAACGAUUCGAGUUAAAUGAUGAUUCACUAUUUACUCAACC